GAGUUCCCCUUUAAGCACCAUCCUUUGACCACUGUUGGCCGUUGUUACCGUGGUCUCUGCUCUCUUACCAAAAUGAUCAAUACGAGAUAUUGGUAUCGCUUGGUUGCUAGCAAACUCGCCGUGAGCGGUCGUGCGAAGAUCAGAUUCGUUGUGUUGCUUACAGUGGCUUCAGUGCUGGUGUGUUUACAGCUGGUGUACCCCCAUUUCAGUUCCACAGCUUUGAACAAAUCGCACAUCUCCACUGAUGAGCCGCUGAAAACACGUUACCGCAACCCGUAUUUCGAAUCUGAGAAUGGGUUCCAAGUCAUCGUGCAACAGAACGGUAGACGUCCCACAUUGGAAGGUGACGUCCACACCAUUUCGGACUACACUGAGAAGGAGUACUAUCUCAACGCCCAAUACCCAGAAUACACGAAUCAGGAGCAACUCGACGCUGGACUGGAUACGAAGUCAACAUUCAAGGAGUUUGUCUCGGAGCUGUUGGAAAAUGUUCUUAGCUCAGACCCUAACAUUGAGCCUAUCAACAAUGCUGGGCACUACAACAAGUCCAAUGUCUAUGGGAAAACAGGCUCUGGUAAGGUGCCAUUGCUUUCUGGUAAGCUCCGUGAGAACAAGGGUAAUGAGCCAAUUAGAAGCAAAGAAUACCUCAGAAGUUACAUGCAGCUCAGUGAGGAUGAGAUGGCCAAGUUGACGGCUUCACAUAAGAGAAUCGUGGAACUUCUCCCUGAUAAGUUCCCAGAUGAGUUCGAGAAGAACUUCAAGCGUAGAGGUAUACUCUAUGCAGGUGGUGGUAAGUACAACUGGUUGGUGCUACUUUCACUGGUGAUGCUGAGAAACACAGGUUCCAGAUUACCAGUGGAGGUGUUCAUCCCUAGUAAUUCCGAGUACUCCUCUGAGCUGUGUACAAGAGUGUUUCCUGUGUUUGGUGCUGAAUGCCUGCUCAUGGACAAAUAUGCUGACGUCCAAAAGUUCGAGUUUAAGGGGUAUCAGUUGAAGUCGAUGGCAUUGCUGCUGACAUCGUUUGAGGAGGUGCUGAUGCUUGACUCUGAUAACAUCCCUGUGAAGAACCCUGAUCUUCUUUUCGUCAAUGAACCCUUCAAAUCUAAAGGAAUGGUUGUUUGGCCAGACUUCUGGAGACGUUCCACAAGUCCGCUGUACUAUGACAUUGCCAAUAUCACCGUCAAUGAGACUCAUCAGGUCCGAUUCUCUUAUGGAGAUGAGCGUGAUCACCCACAGCCUUUGAAUACCCACGAAGAUUACGAGUGGAAAGUCUCCUUUCACGAUUUAGAGGGUGCAUUGCCUGAGGCCUCUUCAGAGACCGGGCAGCUCAUGAUCAAUAAGAAAACACAUGCAAAGGCCAUUUUCCUCUCUCUCUACUACAACUUCUUUGGACCAGGGUACUAUUACGGUUUGUUCUCCCAAGGACAGGCAGGUGAAGGUGACAAAGAAACCAUUUUGGCUGCAGCACAUAAGAUGGGGCUUCCAUACUACCAGGUUCAAGAAUACAUCCGCGAGUUCGGAGACGUCAACAACGGCCAUGUGUCCGAUAUCCAUGCCAUGGGUCAGUACGACUCAAUUCUGGACUAUAUACAAAGCCAGGACCCUGAAAAGUACAAAGAUGAUAAAACGGUAUACAAUAGAAACGGUAACAACUAUCUGAGACACAAGUACAGAGAAUCCGAGACGAUGUUCCUGCACUGUAAUCAACCAAAGUUGUAUCCAUGGGAGCUUGAUGGUAAUGGGUUUAGAAAGAUCCACGACGACAACGGUAAUACCAGAAGACUCUACUCUCAUUACCUGCGCCAGGAGCUGGGUUUUGAUGCUGAGGCCAAGAUCUGGGAAUCCAUGCAAUGGUUACUGUGCAAACAUGGUGACAUCAUGAUUGAAGGGUUGAAAGAUCCAGAGCUGUGGUGUAGGAAGGUUACAGAUCAGUUACAAUGGCUAAGGGCUCAUCCAGAAGACAUUGAGAUCAAAGAAUAAGAAGAAUCUAAGAGCGAGGGUACUUGAACUCGUUAGUUGAUUGAUGGUGAUAUCCUUUCUUUGAAUUCAGGUGUUGUCAUUUGUGUUUAUUGUUUGAAUAUAGAAAUAGAAGUUGUAUACCAUUUAAAAAAGUUGACUAAGUAUGGAUAGGGAGAUUCUUGAAUAUUAUUCA